AUGCACACUAUACUAGUGGCGUCAUAUUCACAAAACCCAGUAGUGUCCGGGCCUAAAUUCACGGAAGAUGCAAGUGGUGCGAGGAAAUUUGAACUGAAACAUAUUUUAUAUAAUAAUGCCGAUGGAUACUUAGCAGAUGCCUUUUGUGAUGUGGCUUCCAAAAGUUCAAAUGAAGAGAAAGAUGGUGUCGCUAUCAAUGGCCAAGAAAUCAACGACACUGAUAUGCAAUUCAAGGUUAAAAGUACACGAAAAGAAAUCAUACGAAUGGCUGACCGAAAUCCUGAUUUUGUUGAAUCUUACCUAAAUUAUGCACUGGAAUUGGGGGACUUCGACAAAUUGAAUUCAAUGAUCAAAUUGGAUUGGAAAAAGGAGACGAUUAGUGUUCCAAAUAUUACUGAUCGAUAUACGGUGCUAGCAUUGGCAAUGAUGUCAUCUGACGCUUAUGCACAUCAUCCGGACGAUCCAACAUGGCGUGAUGUGGGUGAUAAGUAUGAUCUUGGAAAAGGAUUUGGAUGGAAAGACCGGGGAUUAAGGGGCCAUAUAUUUGUGGAAAAGAGAAAGGUGUCUCCUAGAGUUAUCAUAGCGUUGAAGGGAACAUCGGCUGCGGGCAUCACAUUUGGUGGUGAUUCUGAUGAUGCCGGUGAUACCGUGGAGGAUGACAAAAUUAAUGACAAUCUUCUUUUUUCGUGCUGUUGUGCCAGAGUAUCAUCGUUAUGGUCCACCGUUUGUGAUUGUUAUGAGGGCUCCUCUUAUCAGUGCAAUCAAAAUUGUAUUGAGCGGGAGAUGAGGAGGCCAGAUCGAUACUACAAGGCUGCAUUGGAAAUAUACAGGAAUGUGACGGCCAUAUAUCCCUCGUCGGAGAUUUGGGUAACUGGGCAUUCUUUAGGAGGUGCUCUAGCGUCACUUCUUGGACGUACAUAUGGAUUACCCGCGGUUACAUUUGAAGCUCCCGGUGAGCUCUUACCAUCUCGCAGAUUACAUUUACCUGUGCCUCCUGGAUUACCAGAACAAUAUGAAUACAUUUGGCAUUUCGGAAACAAUGCGGAUCCAAUAUUCCUGGGUGUCUGUAAUGGCGCAUCAUCUUCUUGCAACAUAGCAGGAUAUGCAAUGGAAACACAAUGCCAUUCUGGUCUUGUGUGCACUUAUGAUUCAGUUAACGAUCUUGGAUGGCAUAUCAAUAUGUUGAAUCAUCGGUUGAAAAAGGUUAUUGAUGACAUCAUAGUGGUGUAUAAUGAUACUCCUGUGUGUACAAAACCUCCACCAUGCGUUGAUUGCUACAAUUGGUAUUUCAUAGAUCAUUCAAACGAAAAAUUCGGUACAUCAUUAUUUCCAACUCCUUCAUCCACAUCCCUGCCGUCAGGUACCCCAACCGACGAACCUCACGAACGGAAAUGCUUGAAAAGGACAUGGUAUGGAAAAUGCUAUAAGUGGGAUGAUGAUAACGAUGACAACGAUGAAAAGUACGAUGCUACUAGUGUAAUUAAUUAG